ACGCGUCUGAAGUCGCCGGCGCUCUGUGCUCAUACACUACAUAGGACUUGCCUGUAGAAUCUCCCAAGUUGCCUUCCUGCUCUUGGCAACCAGCAAGGCUCAGGAUAUCCGUUUUCGGUUCUGGAAUGGUGUCAGCGUGAACAGCCGCAUCCACCUUCAUUCUUUUCUACUGCACGGCUUUUGCGACUAGCGCACCGACUAAUAACGGUCGGUCGGUACCUUGUUGGUCUUCGCUUCGCUCGUUCCAAGGCGGUCAGUCAGCCAGCCCGCGCGCAUCCCACCCGACCCGUCUUUUCGACCGUCGCUGCAUUUCGCAACUUACAACUUUUUCCCUUUACCUACCGGACCACCCGCCUGUCUUUUUCUCACCACAUCGACGUAAUUCCCGUCAGUAGCACACCAUGGCCAACAAGAGAAACGAAGACAUUGAGUUGGGCCCCGCCGAGGGUCGGGGUUCGACCGACAAGGACCCUUUCCUGGCCAGGAGAUCGUCUUCGCAGCCAAACCGCCCUCAACAAGCUGGUCCUUUCGGCGGCUACUUCGACAAGAUUGACCACAGUCCCGGUGCCUCGAUUAUCGCCUACUGUCUUUCCUCGAUUUCCAUGACGGUUGUCAACAAAUACGUUGUGUCUGGCAGUGAAUGGAACCUCAACUUCUUCUACCUUGCUGUGCAGUCUCUGGUCUGCACUGCCGCCAUUCUGAUUUGCAAACAGUUGGGCAUGUUCCAGAACCUCGCUGCUUUCGACUCGACCAAGGCAAAGAAAUGGUUUCCUAUCUCGCUCUUGCUCGUGGGCAUGAUCUAUACCAGCACCAAGGCGCUUCAAUUCCUCUCCGUGCCCGUGUACACCAUUUUCAAGAACCUGACUAUCAUUGUUGUUGCCUACGGUGAGGUCCUCUGGUUCGGCGGCAGCGUCACCCCCAUGGCUCUGCUCUCCUUCGGUUUGAUGGUCCUCAGUUCCGUCAUUGCUGCCUGGGCCGAUAUCCAAGCCGCCGUCGAGGGCGUUGGUCACACUGCCGAGGCUACCGAUGCUAUCUCCACCCUGAACGCCGGCUACGCGUGGAUGGGUAUGAACGUCUUCUGCACCGCCGCGUACCUUUUGGGCAUGCGCAAGGUCAUCAAGAAGAUGAACUUCAAGGACUAUGACACCAUGUUCUACAACAACCUCCUCACCAUUCCCGUCCUGAUCGUUUUCUCCCUGCUCUUCGAGGACUGGUCCAACGAUAACUUGAUCAAGAACUUCCCCGUCGAGACGCGCAACAGCCUUUUCAUCGGCAUGAUCUACUCUGGUCUCGCUGCCAUCUUCAUCUCGUACUGCUCGGCCUGGUGCAUUCGCGUCACCUCCUCGACCACCUACUCCAUGGUUGGCGCCCUCAACAAGCUCCCCCUCGCCAUCAGCGGUCUCAUCUUCUUCGACGCCCCCGUCACCUUUGGCAGUGUCACUGCCAUCUUUGUCGGCUUCGUUUCUGGUCUCGUUUACACAUGGUCAAAGACCCGACAAAAGGUCUCCCAGAUCCUGCCCACUACUCAGCCUACCAUGAGCGCUAGCGCGGCCAGCAACAGGGAUGCGGCAAAUGCUUGAUUUCACAGACCGGUGCGGAGUUGGGGGCAGCAGUGCUGAGUGAAGCGCGUUGCAGCCUCAUGGCGGAAACGUGACAGACUGUGCAAGCUCGAGUAUUGCGCGGAUGCAACACUAAAUGGUCUUACCAGCUCGAUCUCAGCUUCUCCUCCCCCCCCCCCCCCCCCUCUUUUUUUUCCUUCUUCCCCCACCCUUCUUCCCGUCUUUACCGGGCGCUAGACAAGAAACGGGCUUCGUUGCAGAGGAGAAAAUACCUUUGUCUACUUUUGUCCGCCUUUUUCAUUUUGGUUUCAAUUCCCUGUACAAUGCUUAUAAACACCCGUUGAAAUCCUCUAGUACACUGAUCUAGUUUCGCAUCAGACUCUUAUUGUUGUCUUCCUACUCUCGCUAUCUAUAAGCAUUGGCACAGGGAAUAAAACCUAAGGUGUUAGGGAGUCGCAAGCAAGCAAGCAGGUGUGGAUAAAACCGAAUUGGAUGUGUCUUUUUCUCUUCAUUUCUCUAUAGGGUGGGUGUGAAAGGAGGCUGGUUGGUUGGUUUGGUUAUUGGUCCUGGUCGGCCCAUGGAAGCACAUCACAACAGCAUAUGUGUGUCGUGUGCCGCGUGUGUGUCGCUGUAUGCGUAUGGUUAAUGGCGUUGGUCUUCUGCUGGAUCGGGUCGGUAGAACCUCACUCGGGACAGAAAGCGACGGCGGACGGGUCGGAUCUGGUCAAAAGAAGGACAAAGAUGUGGGAUGAAUUUUAUCGCGGGAUGAUAGAUGAUUGUGGGACAGAGAAGGGGUAUAUGUGCUCCAUCUCUACGAAUCUGCUGCGGUCAAUGGCAUCUUUGUGUUUGGUUACUUUAAGAGACUUGCCUUGUCCGGGAGCACUAGAUACGUAUACUUAAUGAGUUGAUGGAAAAUAGACGAUGGUUCUGCCUACG